AUGCCUGCCCGCGCCACCGACGAAGAGGUUCUGGCGCGUGUGGAGUCAUCUUUGAAAUUCCAGAUGGACCACGCCGGCGUGCCCAGUGCUGUUCAGCUCCUGGUCUACCGCAAGGGCUACGACAACCUCAUCGUCUUCAGCGGGAUUGACGAAACCCGGACUGCGGUCCGUGAAGCCUUGAAGACUGAGCUCCCCUUGGACUACACUGCGGAUUCUGAGUCGAAUCGCUCGGACGCUAAGUGCGGCGUCCAGCCUCGCAUGGUGCAAGUCACCGAGCACGCGUCAAUGAAGGCGGCUGUGGAGGUUCCUCAUGGCCGCUUGUCAGACAGGGAGUUGCCGAGCAAAUCGCUAGUUGCGCAGAAGCUUGAGCAGGUGGAGGACAAUGCCCCCUGCGCUGAAGAUAUGCGUGAUGUGACUAGCCUAGAGGAUGCGGAGAGCGAGGCGUACAAUGCCAUCAUCGACCCGAGCACGGCGGUCCUGCGUAUCAAACCGGGCAAGACUACAACCACUCCUCCUGGUACGCCGGAGGAAUUGCGAUUGCGCCACAGGCGAAUCGGCUUGGCGUGGGAGAUGGUUCGUGCCAGACAUUCUACACGCUCUUGGCUUCCAGACCGGUGUGUGGAUGCUUACCGACGCUUGUCGGAUCAUGUUUUGGGCAGCCGCGUGGCCGGGCUUCGCUCGGGUGAUGGCCAAGGACCUUCCUGGACGUUGGUCUUGAAGUAUGAGGCCGAGGUUCGUAAGCAGGCUUAUCGUCUCAUUCGUGACAGUGAAGCACCUGACCUAGCAGCGGCUUUGUCCGCGGCGUGCAAGUGUCCAGAGAUUUUGACCAACCACUUCGUGAUCCCAUUCAGCCUGGAGCGCCAUGAUAUGCCGAAGGAGCGUGAGGGUGUCCACAAGGAUGGGUCUUUGGAUGCACGCGUUGUGGAUGCCUUGUUGGCGAAGUUAGGCAAGGGUCGCGGAAAAGGCAAGGACACCAGCGUCACGAAGACGGUUGGCAAGCAUCAGCGGUCUUCAGAUGGGAAGCGCCUCUGCUACGCCUUCAACAAGGCCAAAGGCUGCGCGCGCAAGGACUGUCCCUUCCUGCACGCGUGCCAGCGUUGUCUUGGGCACCACUCCUACGCUAAGUGCCCGUUGGUGAAAAGGCCCACCGGCGCACCGGCUGAGGAUGUUGAGUGA